AUGGAGAGAAGAGCGUUGGCCGCCGAGGCUAAGCUUGCUCGCUCGAGUGGCCAUGAAACCCUCUCGCACGCCAUACGAGGAGCAGAGCUCUACAUGGCGGCGGCGGCCGAGGCCUCCAACGAGAUCGAUGCCGCACGACUGAGGCGAAAAUGCCGAGAGCUCAUACUCUUCGCCGAGAAACUCAAGGCAGCACCCUCUUCGCCACAACUUCAUAUCCUCCAGCGCGCCUCGCGCCUCCAUGGCAACGAUUUCCCUCCUUGGGACGGACACCCAUCACCUGACGAGUUCGACCUGGCGCCUGGCGUAGCCCCCUUUACAGAUGACGCUCUGUUCCGUAUUUCACCCACCCAGGCGGCCAAUUUCUCCGCCUGGACCAGACCAGCCCAAGUCUUUGGCCUUGUCCAAGACCGCGAUGAAGCCAGAGACGAAGAAUGCAUGAUGCAGCUCACUGGUCACGCCGAUUUUGUUCAGGAUAUCACCACCGACUGCUCCGUCGUCGCUAGCCUCUCCGCUGCCGCCAAGGUCCUCGUCGGCAAGCACGCCGUGCUCUCGUCCAUUCUGUACCCGUUUAACCAUGUCAAAGGACGGCCGGCGCUUUCUGCCUCGGGCAAGUACGUCCUCCGUAUGAACUUCAACGGAUGCUUUCGACGCGUCGUCGUCGACGAUAGACUCCCAGCCUCCCGCACGGACCGGGCCCUUUUCGUCAUUGAUCGCCAAAAUCCUCGUCUACUAUGGCCAGCCCUUCUCGAAAAGGCGGAAGAUUUCAACUUGGACGAGACUUGGGACCGCAUCAAAGCGGCUCACGAGCGGCAGGAUGUCGUUGUCACUCUCGGCACCGGCCGGAUAUCCGCCGAAGAAGAGCGGCUCAUGGGCCUCAUCGGAGAACAUGAUUAUGCUGUCGAGGAACUACUCCAUACAAGCCAUGAUGGUUCUCGCAGCCUCCUCAUCAAGAACCCCUGGUGCGAUGCGCCCCUGAUGACGGGAACAAGGCUGCCUGGUGACCAAGGGACGCGGGGUGACAACACCGCAUGGAUGGCGCUGGAAGACGUUGCCCAGCACUUCGAAUCAAUGUAUCUCAACUGGAACCCAGGCCUGUUCCCCCACCGCCAGGAUCAUCAUUUCACCUGGCAGGUCCCACCAAAAUAUCUUGCUGCAUCAUUGGUACGAAAUCCUCAAUUCACAAUUUCAUCAUCAACAGGGGGUACCAUCUGGGUCUUGGUGAGCCGGCACUUUGUCGAUGCUGAGCUUGACAUAGCGCGCAAUCGUGGGGACUCGAUGGCGGCCGUCGCGCGACAGCUCGGGUUUAUGAGCAUCCUCGUCUUUGACAACCAUGGUAAAAGAGUCCAGGUCAGUGACGGAGAGACAUACCGCGGUCCCUACGUUGACUCGCCGCAAACGCUUGCCCGCCUGGAAUCUUCUCCUGGGAAGAAAUACACCCUUGUCGUCGACCAACACGAGUUACCUCUUUCCAACUACACGUUCACAAUGUCGCUCUUCUCGCACGCGCCGCUCGAGGUCAUGGAAGCAACCGAAGAAAUGCAGUACGUUGAGGAAAAGCUGGGGUCCUGGGGUCGACGCACAGCCGGCGGGAACUCGUCUUGCCCUACAUUUUGCCAAAAUCCUCAGUACAAGCUUUCCAUCAGCAAACCGGGACCCGUUUCGAUCCUCCUGUGCACAGACGACCGCGACCUGCAUGUCCAUGUUGACCUAGUCUGGGCACAGGGAAGGCGCGUGACGACGGUGAGGAACAGAGACUUGGCUUCUUCCUCGGGGGAGUAUCGGCGAGGCUGCGCCAUGGCUGAAGUCGCCACGCUUGAAGCAGGGACAUAUACUGUGGUAUGCUCGACGUUUGAUCCCGGUCAAACUGCCGCCUUCUCUCUGCGAGUGGCAUCCAUGCAUCCUGUGAACCUCGACAGCGUUCCCGUUCUCGAUUCCGGCCGACUCCGAACUCCCCUGGCACCGUUGCGGUUCCUGGAGGGGGAUGGGGCGAUACGGAUGUCGCUGGAGGUAUCUUGGCUAACGCGGGCAAGCAUAUCUGUUCGCACGGUGCAAUCCGCUGGUGCUGAGGAUCGUGAUUGCCAAGGAUCAUCACCCAUGAUACGAGUCAGUGUCGUUCAAGGUUGGGGCCCAGAACAGACCACAAUGGCCGUCUCUGGAGGGGGGCGCUUCCAAGAAGCUGUAGUACCCAUUCGAACUACGGAGUUUGAUCUGAACCCUGAUCGGUUAGGCAAUGAAGCUCUCUGGUUAGUUCUCGAGUCCGUGGGAACGAACAGUUCGGCAUGGACCAUAAUGGGCGAUAUUAUGAGCGAUUCCCCCGUGCAAAUCAGCCAGUGGGAGAGGCAAUAG